AUGAACCCCGUCACCCAAGACGAAGCCGACCGAGUCCUCCGCCAAAAAGCCCGCAAAUACGAAUCCCACGCCUGCUAUCCCUGCCGCAAGCGCAAGGUCAAAUGCGACGGCUCCCAGCCUUGUCGAACCUGCAUCCGCCGCGAGCAUCCGGGAAUCUGCUCGUUCCAGACUCAAACUCCACGCAGGGAGAGGGGCAGGGGUCCUUCGACGCCGCUGUCUGUUCGGACGCCUGCUUCUGCGUCUGCACGUGUUACACGGCAGGGGCAUACUAAUCCGAUUGGGAAUGCGGCAGGGGAUUGGCGUAUUGCAGAUGCAGGGGUAAGUUCUGGUGCUGACAAUUCCGAGCCCCGGCCGGAUGAUGCGUCCAAGGAUUACGUUUACUCUGGGGAUAAUUCGGUUGUGUCGAUCUUGCGGCUUAGAGGGCUGAAUGCGAAUGAUUCCGUUGCGAGGGAGGUUGGUUCUGUGCUUGGGUUGCAGAAUACGUUUAGUUCGUACCCGUUUAUGGAUUCGAAGACGCCGGGUGAGCGGUGGCGGUCGUUGUUGGGUGUUUUGCCUCAGCGGGCGGAAGUUUUGAAGUUCUUCCACUACUACCGCAUCACUGCGUACCCGUUCAACCCCAUCCUCGCUGAUAUGGAUCGUUUCGAGUUGGAUCUUUGCACGUACUUGAAUGCGCACGCUGGAGGGGACCUGCGUAAUCCCGAAUGUAUCUCGGAGCGUUGGGCGACUGAUAAGUCGGUUGGUCAUAUCAGUUUGUUGCUCGCUACGCUUGCUGCUGGGGCCCAUUACUCGGAUAUUGAGUAUCCGCAGCGAUUAGAGCUUUCUACGGAUUUUGCCCGCCGAUCCUUUCACGCCCUUCGGCUCGCGAAUUUCCUCUUCCGCCCUUCGCUGGACAUCAUCCAAGCCCUGCUGGUCCUAGGAAACACCCUACAAAAUAUGGGCCAGUCCGACGCAGCGUGGGCUUUGCUCGGUACAACAGUCCGACUGGCGCAGACAAUGGGCUUGCACACAGAACGGGGCUCAGCUCAUUGGCCCGAAUAUGUUCGAUCAAAAGCGAAGGCUCUCUGGUCAACAAUUGUCUGGCAGGAUAGUCUGUUAUGCCUCUGCUACGACCGAGCCCCCAUUGUCUCCGUCUCCGGCUGGCCCUCCGGCCCAUCCUUCUUCGAGCGAACAAACCUCUCCUACGCAGACACGAUGCACUACCUCUGUCGACUCGGCUUGAUCAUCAUGUGCCCGCAAGGCUACGGCGUAACCGAAGCAGACCGUGCGAUCGAAACCCUGCAAAAUAUGGAUGCUCUCCACCAGCGCGGACAACCCCACCUCCUAGACCGAGGAAAUUGCGCAACAAUGCAGCAGCACCUAGAACACCUCGCGCUGAAAAUGCACACUUCUUUCUGCGUAUCCGUCAUCUGCCGUCCGGCGAUGAAACAAUCACAGACGCAACUACCGCAUAUGGAGAUCCUGCGCUCGCGCGCGAAGGGCAGUCUCAUCGAUGCUUCGAGGGCAUUUCUCGAUUUCGAGGCGCUGAGCGUUGUCCCGCUACGCAGCUGGUCGAUGGUUCAUACUGUCCUUAGCUCGACGUUGUUGCUGUGUAUCUGGGAGGAGACGCGGAGUGACCCUGAAUGUCGGGAUUUGCAGCAGAGGGUUAUUGACGUGUUUUCCUCGUCAGAUUCGAGGUCGGAUGAUAGGACGGUGUUAAAUGAGACGGAUGGACAGUGGUUAUCUGAGCGGCAUAUUCGGGCGCUUGUUACGUUGAGAAGUGCGCUUGAUCGGGAGGAGGACCGGGGAGUUGUUGACAGUGAGCAGCUUGAUACGAGGUUAGGGGCUGUGCCGCCGUUUAAUGCUGGUGAUCUCGAUGGCGAUUUCGACUUGUCGAAUCCGUUUGAUAUUUCGCCUGUUACGUAUCUUGAUUCGAUUAUGAAUGUGCCCAUUUUCGAUAUGACGCAGGAAUAUGGGUUCCCGUGA